AUGUCGUACCACAAGUCGAUUACCCUGAACGACGGCAACCAAAUCCCCCAAAUCGGUCUCGGAACCUGGCUCUCAAAGCCCGAGGAGGUUACUAACGCUGUCGAGACGGCUGUUAAGUGCGGCUACCGCCAUCUAGACCUCGCUGUCAUCUACCAGAACCACGAGGCCAUCGCAAAGGCGCUCAAGAAUCUUAUCCCGAACGUGGUCAAGCGCGAGGACCUCUUUAUUACCGACAAGCUGUGGAACAAUGCCCACAAGCCUGAACGUGUCGAAAAGGCGCUCGACAAGACGCUCCAGGAACUGGGUCUCGACUACCUUGACCUGUACCUAAUCCACUGGCCUGUGUCCCUGGACUCAGACUUGGACACGCUCUUGCCCGUCGAGAAUGGCAAGGUCAAGCUCGACCUUGAGACUUCUCUCGUCGACACGUGGAAGGCCAUGGUCGAGCUUAAGAAGACGGGCAAGGUCAAGUCGAUUGGUGUGUCCAACUUUAGCACCGCCCACGUCGAUGCCAUCACCAAAGCCACAGGCGUGCCGCCUGCCGUGAACCAGAUUGAGGCCCACCCACUUCUUCCUCAGGACGACCUCGUGGCGCACCACAAGCAGCACAACAUCCACAUCACGGCGUACUCGCCCCUUGGUAACAACCUGCGUGGCGAGAAGAAGCUCACCGAGUCUCCACAGGUGGUAGAAGUGGCUCAGAAGAACAACGUGGACCCCGCACAAGUGCUCAUCGCCUGGGGUGUGCACCGCGGCUACUCUGUUAUCCCGAAGAGUGUGACUGACUCCCGCAUCAAGAAGAACUUUGAGCAAAUCACGCUCUCGGACGAGGACUAUCAAAAGGUGACAGACAUCGGCAAGGACAGACACGUCCGCUUUAACGUCGGCUUCCUGUACACGCCUCAGUGGGACAUUAACGUAUUUAACGAGGAGGCUGAAAAACAGGCGACGCACUCGAUCAAGAUCGAGUAG